CUUUUUUUUUUUUUUUUUUUUUUCCUCAGUCUUCUAACGUACAACAUGUCCGGCAGCGUCCAUCCCAGCUUUGUUCCUCGUCUAUCGACUCCAGUAUUAAGGAUACCUUUGUCGUCAUUUUUAAAGAAGUAACAGCUGUAUCCAGCAGUUAUGCAUGUUAACAAAAGUGUUGAGUGAAUCCAAAUGUUGAUGUUACAUAGGGGAAAGAUGUGGAAUAUUUGGGAUUAUACUACUUGAAGUUUUAAUCCACAGUUAUGUUUACUGCCAAUUAUUGUUUCAUUAUCAUUGUGCCUCAUUUUUUCUGUGAGUGGAUAAUGGACCUAACCACUCCUCCAGGUUAAUGUCUAGGAAUAUUUAUAAUAUCAAAGCUUAUAUUUCCUUUGUUAAAUUCCUUAAUUGUUGAAAAUACUGUGUUGUUUGUGCCUUAAACUGGACAUAAGUGAUUUGUGCUGCUUGGCACAUUGUUUGUGAACUUUUAAACUGUUUUCCGGGUCCAAACAAUGGCCCGAUAUGGAGAACAAGAAUUCAUAGAUUGUUUGAAGAAAUCUGCAAAGAAUCGGACUCCUGAGGAUCUUCAAAUUAUAUAUUCUUAUCUGCACGGUCUAGAAGCUUUAUCUUCUCUUCGAGAGAUAUCAUUGAGAGCACUUUGUAAAACUGUUAGGUACGAAAGACACGAUGCCAAUGAUAUUCUUUACUGCCGAGGAGAACUCAGCACCUGUUGGUAUAUUCUACUGUCGGGUUCGGUUUUCAUCGAUGGAUCCAUGUAUCUGCCCAGGAGCAGUUUCGGCAAAAGGUCCGGAGGAAGCGGAAGAAGGGUUAACGAAUGCCUCAUCCUGGAGCCUUCCGAGAUGAUCGUGAUUGAUUAUCCGGAUGUCCAGCUGAUGCGACCCGGUCAACGUCAGUCAUGCACGACUAUGAAUUUGGAGAAGUUGCUGGCUUUGGAGCAAGAAGAAGUAUCUGUUGCCAUAGAUUCCAGACAGCACGUGCAUUUGGGUAGCUUCGAAGAUCAACAUUUACGACACUUACAGUUAAAUCUAGAUUACCAACCAAUGCAGACAAUGUUGCACCGAAACGAAACAUUGCUGAAAUCCAACCGGAGUUCUCACAGCAGUGACAGUUCUUCCGCAUAUUCCGGAUCGGACACAAUGCAGUCCGCACAAUCUUCACUGGAUGAACAAGAAGUAGAUCUUUCUGGUUUGGUUGAAGGCAUUGUUGAUUCUGAUGAAGAAGAAGAAUCUAUUGAUAGCCUUCCCAUUAGAGAUCCUUUAAGAGAAUGUUUAGAAAAAGAGCCAUGCGAUCGAACUGAUGAUGAUAUUGAAGUAUUACUUGAGCUACAGCAUUUACCACCAUUUGCUAAUAUGACACUUGCUGUAAGAAGAGCAUUAUGUGCCGUAAUGGUUUUUGCAGUAGUAGAAAAAGCAGGAACGAUAGUAUUAAAUGAUGGCGAGGAGUUAGAUUCUUGGUCUGUGAUAAUAAAUGGGCAUGUAGAGAUUGAAUUUCCAGAUGGAACAUUACAGGAACUCCAUGUUGGAGACAGCUUUGGGAUCAUGCCGACCAUGGAAAAAAUGUAUCAUCAGGGCGUGAUGAGGACAAAAGUUGAUGACUGCCAGUUUGUGUGCAUUGCACAAAAUGAUUAUUAUGCUAUCUUACAUCAGGGUGAAGAAAACACAAGAAAGCUGGAAGAAGAUGGUGAAGUGGUACUGGUAACUGAACACAGAGUUCUCGAUGGAGGAAGCCGAAGGGGUCACGUUGUCAUAAGAGGAACCAUUGAAAGGAUGAUGGCUCAUCUGGUAGAAGAUAACGCUAUGGAUCCUGGUUACGUGGAAGAUUUUUUGUUGACUCAAAGGAUAUUUAUUUUUCCCACAACCGUAAUAUCUGAUCAUCUUCUCCUUUGGUUUGGCGAUCCUUUACUCAGAGAUAAGAAAAUGCAUGGGCAGUUGAGACUCCUGAAUAUUGCCUGUGCCACCAAAGCGAGGAACCGAACCAUCACGCUGGCCAGAUCGACCCGAGAUGAGGUUCUCCACUUUUCCAUUUUGGGUGGCUACGAAAGAGGCUUUGGAAUAUUUAUAUCAAAAGUUGACAAGGCAUCUAAGGCAGAAGAUAUGGGUCUGAAGAGAGGUGAUCAGAUUCUUGAAGUUAAUGGCCAGAGUUUUGAGCAUGUUAGUCAUGCCAGAGCUUUAGAAGUUCUGAGAGGUACUACACACUUGUGUAUUACAGUUCGGUCAAAUCUUCUAGGUUUUAAAGAAAUGCUCAACACUCCUGAGAAUUCCCCGAGACCCAGAGGAAGGAAGGCAUCAGAAAUUGCACGACUUCAGCCAGAUCCCCGGGCCAGGCUGUCUUCUCACCAGUUGGAGUGGGGCGAUGUGGUCGGCCUACCACUGGGGGUAGGUGGCUUGCCCCUAGGAGUGAUGUCCCUCCUCCAGGCUCCCAGUUCUCCGACUUCCAAGAUUGCAAAUGGGACUGGUGUUGUACACAGUAACAGUGACGUUAAGAAAGAGGACAAGAAAGGUUUUAUGACAUUGGGACAUCGUGCCAAGUUAAAAAAAGCAUUAGCUAAGAUAAAUAUUAUACCAAAGUCUCUCAAUAGUGAAUCUCACCUAAACAGCUCAGAUGAUAGUCUAUAUUCGGCUCACAGUAACAGCAGCGCAGGUUCCGGUAGCCAUGGUGGAAGAUCUGCUUCUCCCUCAAGGUCUUCGGGAGGAAACAAUCGUCUCUACCAUAGCCACAGCAAUCCAGAUCUCACAUCCUUAGCCACUUAUUAUGAACACGACUUGAAAUUAGACUAUCCGGAACACGUUCUAAAAGUUUAUCGUUCAGAUCAGACAUUUAAAUUUCUGUUAGUUCAUAAGGAAACUACUGCACGUGAAGUAGUAAUGUUAUCCCUCAGGGAAUUUGGUAUAACAGAUCCAAGCAAUAAUUACUCAUUGUGUGAGGUAUCUGUGGGGGAAGGAGGUGUUGUGAAACAGAGAAGGCUUCCCGACCAGUUGCAGAAUUUAGCCGAAAGAAUUGGACUUAGCAGUCGAUAUUACCUAAAAAAUAACACUUCGACAGAAACUUUGGUUCCAGAUGAAUUAGCCAAUGAAUUACAUCGCGAAAGCCAGGUACACUUUCUGCAGCUGAAUAGUGUUGAAGUUGCAACUCAGCUGACACUGGAAGAUUUCAGUAUAUUUCGUCAAAUAGAACCUACAGAAUACAUAGAUGAUCUCUUUGAAGUGAAGUCUAAGUAUGGAACGCCGAUGCUCUCUAAAUUUUCUGAAUUAGUUAACAGGGAAAUGUUUUGGGUUGUAACGGAAGUCUGUUCGGAACAUCAUCUACUCAGGCGAAUGAAGAUAAUUAAACAGUUUAUUAAAGUUGCAAGUAAGUUAAUAAUAAUUUUGUUUUAACUGGUUAAAAAAUGC